AUGACAGAAGACUUGAAACUGGAUUGGACUCUUGAAUCUGUGCUAGGGGUGCGUAUGCAGCCAGGAGAAAAAGGUCAAAACACACAAGUGCUUAUCAAGUGGAAGGAAGUUCCAGAAUUUGAAUCCACUUGGGAAGACUUUGUAACAAUUUCAGAAAUCUUUCCGGAAUUCAAACUUGAGGAUAAGUUCAUUUCACAUAAAAGUCCAACAAGUGGGUUCGAUUUCAUCUCCGGGAAGAGGAUUGAACAAAAACUCAUCGAUUACAAUCAAGAAGCAGAAAGAUUUGGGGGUUAUGCAUAUGAAGAGGUAGCAGAAGUCUCACCUGGUCAUCGAUUCAUUGCAUACACCAUGUAUGACAAAGACAAUAAUUCCUUCAAUUUAUGUGUUAGAGAUUUGAAUUUAGGUUCUCUCUGUAAAGCUAACAUUCGUGAGGAAGAUGUGUUGAAGGAGAAAGAUGCUUUUGAGGAUCUUAAGUCGCUGACUGAGAUAGUUAAUCAGUUGAUUGACACUAUUAAUCAGGUGAAGGAGGAUGAAAAAGCCAAAUAG